AUGGGUGAUCGUACGUCGCCUCCGCAGGAGAGCCCUUCUCAGGGACAGCCGACCUCGUCCCCGGGCCAAGCAGCUCUUGACACGGCGGGUCAAAGCAACCUGCUCCCGGCAGAGCACUGGGCGCAGUUGGAAGAAAAUCCCGAUACGAGCGAUCAAGACUCAACUUACAGCGACAAUCAAAGUUCCACUGCUAGCUUGACUUCCUCCAUUCUUGAAUACAGGACAAUCCUGGGUAGAUCGUUCCAUAGUGAGCGUGGCAAUGCGCAAUAUUGGGGGUCCAAUGAUGAGGAACAGAAUAAUGCGAUGGAUAUCAAUCAUCACGUACAAUACCUUUUAUUGGAUGGAAAGCUUCAUCUGGCCCCUCUGUCAGAGGACAUUAACACAGUUAUCGAUAUCGGCACGGGAACAGGUAUUUGGGCUAUUGAUUUUGCAGACGAAUACCCGAACGCAAGCGUCGUCGGCACCGACGUCUCACCAAUCCAACCCAGCUGGGUCCCACCGAAUUUGCAAUUCCAGAUUGAUGACUGCACCCAAGAAUGGACAUUCAAGGAGAAUUCGGCCGACUUCGUGCAUGUACGCUGGCUGGUGGGUAGUAUCCCCGACUGGGCGGCACUGUUUAAGCAGGCCUAUCGAUGUCUCAAGCCCGGCGCCUAUCUCGAGAGCCAUGAGGCUUCAGCGAGGGUCCUGAGCGAUGACGGGUCUGUCCUUGACGAUUCGGCGCUGGGGCAGUGGGGAGAGAUUUUUAUUGAGGGCGGUCGUAAGAUCGGUCGACCUUUUACAGUUGUCGAAGAUGAGCUACAGAAGAAGGCAAUGGAGGAAGCGGGCUUUGUCGACAUCAAGGUUACCACACUCAAGUGUCCCAUCGGCGGGUGGCCAAAGGACGAGAAGCUCAAGGAGGUGGGUAGGUACAUGAAGCUAGCCCUUGGCCAAGACAUUGAGGGAGCCGUCAUCUUCAUGGCAGACUUGCUGGGUUGGAAGAAGGAAGAGAUUUUGUUGUAUGCUGCUCAUCUCAGACGUGAGCUGGCUUCAACCAAGCUUCAUCCGUAUUAUCGGCAAAACAUCGUCGUCGGUCGAAAGCCAGAGGAGGCGCAGCAGUAA